AUGCAGCUGAUGAGCGACGCGGCGGCGCGGGCGUCGGGCCCCGGCCCCGGGGGUGGAGGGGGUGGCGGCGGCGGCGGCGGUGGAAGUGGCGCUGGCGGCGGCGCGGGGGAGGCUGCAGCUGUCCCCUCCGCGGCCGCCGCCGCCCCCGAGCCCUCCAACCUCUCCGCCCCCGCCGCCCACCACUGGACGCAGCCCGCCUACGCGCAGGUCGAGGACGCCAUGCUCGCCUACAGGGAGGAACUCCAGCGCCAGCACUUGGAACAAGAGCAGCGCCGGCGCGCGGAGCUGGCGGAGCAGGAACAGCAGCAACAGCAACAGCAACAGCAGCAGCACCUGCUGCAGCACCACGCGGACCUGCAGCGGCAGGAACUGUCGCACGCGCAGCACUACGAGCGGGCGAUGGCCGACACGCACUACCAGCAACAGAUGCAGGAGAACCUGCACUACCAGAUGCUGCAGCAGCAGCAGCAGCAGCAGUACCGCCUGUGCGAGAGGUCGCCCUACCCGGUGCACGACUACCAGUCGCAGAACAACCUGCCUCUGGCGUACGGCCACCCCGUCGUCGCCGCGGCCGCCGUGGCCGCCGCCGCCGCCGCGGCGGAGAGCCAGCAGCUGGGCGCGGUGAACGGCCACUCGCCGCACCAGGCGCAGGACUUCUCCCCCGCCUACCACCACUCCCCGCCGGCGCAGCACCAGCAGCUCCCGGAGGCCAAGCGCGACCCCGAGCAGGAGCUCAUGCCGCCCCCGCCCCCCGCAGCG